AGAGGGAUAUUCACUGAAUACUUGAAUAAGCGUGAGAGCUGAGACGACGAGAAGAGAACCCAGAACGGCUUCUCAAUAGUUUAAUUAAAAAUAUUCACAACAAUUCUUCCUUCGUUCCACGCAAUCAAACCGAACCCCUCUUCUUCUUCUUCUUCUUUCUCAACUUUUUUCUGGGGUUAAUCAUUUUCAUUCAAUUCUAUUCUUCUUCGACUUCUUCUUCUUCAAUCCUUGUUGUCGCUUCUUUUUCUAACCCCAUCCUCCCUCUGUGUCUUUUUUCAUUGAAGUCAAUCACUUUGUCUUGCAAGUUUUAACCCCCAAAAAAAGUAAAUAACUUUAUUAGAGAAUUGGGUUCUCAUCAAAAUCACUUCUUUCGAUUGCUAUUCAUAGUCUGAUAUCCAAUUCCAACGCCAACCCUCUGUCGGUCUCAGAAGCUCUGGGUGAAUUUGGAGCUUCUUCGAGACAAAGCUGCUCUUAAUUUCAGUCGAUAUCAGUGUAACUCAUCUGCUAAGCCAAUUAAUACUUGAGAUUCAGUGAUUAUUUAGUAUUCCUCUUUACAGGUCUAUAGUUGAACUACCCAAAUGAUCAUUUUGGGGAAUGCACUCUCUCUCGUUAUCUUGGGCUAAGUGUUUGUGAAUGAUGUCCAGUGGACACAAAGGAGUACAUGCCCUCAAACACAACAUUCUUAAUUGGCAAUGGAAAAGAGAAUCGUCGUUAAACCAAGAACUUCUCAUUGAUGUGGCUCCUGAGAUUGAGUUGUCUGACUACCGGAGGCUGCCAAGUUCUAGGAGUGAGAGUCCUUCCGACCUUCUUAACGGGGAAGGCUUGAAUGUGGAACCAAUUGCUGAUCUGGACCUCUUCUUUGAUAGACUUUAUAAAUACUACUGUGAGAACGGACUUCAGUGCAUCAUAAUCAAGUGGGUAGUCGAACUUCUUAGCUUAGGGUUCACCAUAUGCUUUUCUGGUGUAUUCCUUUUAUUUGUCGAUUGGAAUGGUCUUCGCAAUGCAAAGUGUGGGAUAGAGGCAGUUGAAUCUGGGAUUAAACCCUGUGAUUUGGCCAAAGAGGCCUUUCAUCAACACCCAUUAACUCCUUUCACAUUUACCAAAGGGGUCAUUUUGGGGUAUCUAGGAAUAUUUUCCGGAUACUGGAUCUUUACGUUUGUGAGAUUUUGUUAUCAAUUAAAAGAUAUAUUGGAGAUUCGGCGCUUCUAUUAUAAUAGUCUGCAAGUUACUGAUCGUGAAGUUCAAACAAUGCCAUGGGCCACCAUUCUUGAAAAGGUUGUUCAGAUACAAAGGUCACAACAACUCUGUGUUGUAAAAGAUCUCUCUGCACAUGAUAUAAUCAUGCGAAUAAUGCGCAAGGAGAACUACUUGAUUGGGAUGCUCAAUAAAGGCAUUCUUGCUUUCCCAAUCUCUCAGUGGGUACCGGGAUCUGGUCCUGCAGUCAGCUCUGCUGAGUCUGGCAUACGUGGAAGAAGAAAUUGUUUAAUGUUGCCUAAGACUCUUGAAUGGACAUUUAAUUGGUGUAUAUUACAGAGCAUGUUUGACAGAAAUUUUCGCCUGCAGAGUGACUUCAUUUCCAAUCCUACAUCAUUAAGAAGGAGGCUUAUGUUAAUCGGGAUAGCGAUGCUUCUCCUUUCUCCCUUUAGUAUCAUCUUUAUGGUGGUAUUUCACUUUUUGAGGCAUGCGGAACAGUUCUAUAAUCAUCCAAGUAUAGCAUCAUCUCGAAGAUGGUCCAACUUAUCAAGGUGGAUCUUUAGGGAAUUCAACGAGGUCGACCAUUUAUUCAAGCAUCGAAUGAACAGCAGCGUAAUUCAUGCCGACGAAUAUCUGAAGCAAUUUCCCUCUCCAAUUAUUAGCAUCAUUGCGAAAUUUGUCUCUUUUGUUUCUGGGGGCUUCGCUGCUAUUCUUAUCAUAAUUGCAAUACUUGACGAAUCUCUACUUGAAGGGCAUAUAUAUGGUCGUAACCUAUUAUGGUAUGCUGCUGUUUUUGGAACUGUAACCGCUAUUAGCCGGGCAGCCAUCAUGGAGGACCUUCAGGUCCGUAACCCAGAAGGGGCGAUGUCUUUAGUCGUGCAGCACACGCACCAUAUGCCAAAGAGGUGGCGCGGUAAAGAAAAUUCGGAUGUGGUUCGGACAGAAUUUGAAACCUUAUUUCAGUAUACUGGGAUGAUGUUGUUGGAGGAGAUGGCCUCAAUUUUUCUCACGCCAUUUUUACUUAUCUUUGUCGUACCACAGCGCGUGGAAGACAUUUUGCAGUUCAUUUCCAAUUUCACAGUGGAUGUUGAAGGCGUGGGUCAUGUUUGCAGCUUAAGUGUCUUCGAUUUUGAAAGGCAUGGAAAUAGCAACUAUGGUGCACCAUACAAUACACCGCAAACCCAGAGGAGCUCCCAGGGGAAGUUGGAAAAGUCAUUCUUGAGCUUCCACAGCAGUUACCCUACUUGGGAGCCAGAUGCGGCAGGAAAACAAUUUUUAUCAACUCUUAGAAGUUUCCGGGAUCAAAAUUUGCCAGGAAGGACACGACAAGAAUUUCGGUAUCCAAGGAAUUGGCAAUUGAACCUUAAUUUGAGAAACCAAGGAAACAUGGGAGGUAUUCCCAUAACAGGUUAUCAGUUGGGUUCAUUAUGGAUUGUCGAUUCAGAUCAAAAUAGUCACCCAUAUUUGCUAGAUUGGUAUUACACUUCACGUUUCCCCCACACACUGAACGAUUCAGAAGACAUACCACCACCAACUGAAAUGGAGCGUGAUAGAGAUAUUUGGAGACCGAAUAAUCAGGCUGGCACACAAGCAGGACCAAGAUUUGAACAAAACUGGGGUUUCCAUCUGGACGAGGAACGGGCGCGCACUCCUAUGGAACCAUCUACUUCAACUCCUUCGUUCCGGGAAAGUGUAUUACAACAGCACAACACAGGUCAUCUUGAACGUCCUGUUGAGAACCACUGGUGGGCCCGAAAUGAUCAUAAUUCUGGUGGCGGAACCCAGGCAAGUUUUCUUGAGCCUCCAGUUUUCAACCAUCAAAUGUUAGAAAACAUUCAUGAAAACUACUCUGAUAGAAGUUCGGAGGAGCAAGAACAACGGUUAGAUUGGAGGAAUUCUCAAUUGUUAUGUAGAACGACAUGUAUUGAAGAAGAUGUCGCUGGUGCAGAUGAAGAUUUUAAUCUACCAUUCAAUGACAUAUACUAUACGCCCUCGGAAGAAACCAAAAUGAAAUCACAGCACCAGAACCAUGAAACUGUGAAUGACAAAAAUUGAUUCAAAUUUCUUCCUUUGUUCUUUUUACCCUUAUCUUAGUCUUCCGGGGUAUCUUUAAUCACCCUGCAAGCCCUAAGUUGGUUAUGCAUGAAAACAGUCUGCAGUGUCUGGUCUUAAUGUUUUAUUCUUUAUUUGUACAUAAAUUUAAAUUUAACUCAGGUUAGUUUUGGCAAUGUGAAUUCUGUUAAUCGCCAAGGGUUUAAUGAGUCGCCAUGAGUCUAUUGAAACUGUGAACUCAUUCAUUGUUUAACUCAGUUAAUGUACAUUCCAAGUUAUUCCUGUAUCCAAAAAAAAUUUCAUCAUCAA